AUGGGCGCCGAGCAGCAGCAGGCGACGACGACAACAGCGGCCGCCGACGAGGCCGACGGCGCGCCACCGCCGAAAGUCGACUUCCUCAAGCUCUUCUGGACGCUGGCAGAGAGCGACCGCAGCGUGCGCACGCAGGCGGCAGCGCAGCUACUCGCGUACUUGAAGCUCCGCAGUCCGAAGCAAGAGGCAGAGGUGCAGUAUACGCUCAAGCGACUGGUGCGCGGCCUGGCGUCGUCGCGCGACGCCGCUCGUCAAGGCUUCGGCGCAGCCCUCAGCGGUCUUUUGGCUGCGUUUCCGCAGCUGCUGCAGCUCCACGAGACACGUGACGUGCUGCACGAGGCCAUGGAGAUGCACUCGUCGAUGAAGCCCAUGGAGCAGCGCGAGCACAUGUUUGGGCGUCUCUGCGGUCUCCUGGCGCUGCAUCGAUCGGGUCGUCUGAAGACUGACUUGCCGUUGCUCGUGACGGUCCUCAAGGAGCUGCUGGAAAUGGCGGCGUUCAAGCGCUGGUUCCGGGAGGCGUGUUACGAAGCGGCACUGACGCUGCUGGUUGACGUGCCAGCUGAGCUGUUCGUGACGGACGUGGCUGCCUCGAUCCAUAGUCUGCUGCAGUGUCAAGCGUCCAAGGACAGCAACGAUGAAGGUGUGGAAGCGUGGAACGCAGAUCAGGUGCUACUUGCAGUCGGCGUGCAGCGAUACUUGCAUGAAACAGGUAUUGCACGAGAUGCAACACAGAUGCAGCAGUUGCCGGUGGAUUUUGCAGCAACGAACGCAUUGCAGCGCCAUCGGAUGCACUUGCUCGCUCGCCCGCUGCGAGGGUCGUCAGGAUGCUACCCACACGUGCAUUCGGCUUGGUUUGGCGUGUUUGGUCACGUGCUUAAUCUGACAGAGGGCAGUUCGGCUAAGCUUGAUAGCGAGCUGUUACGAGAAACGUGGACUGAGCUGGUGGAGAACUCGCUAGUGGGUGGGGCCAGCCCCGAUGACGGCGGUCCUACCAGCCACGAGCGUCAAGGUCUGGCGCUGAAGUUGUUUGAGCUUGUGGCUCCCAAGCUCGCGGUAUCGAAUGUGCGGUCGAUUCUUACUCCGCGCUUUGUCAAGUGCUUGUAUAUCAACGGUGUCACGAAGAAGAAUUACCUGCAUGAAGCUGCCCGUCACUGUCUCAAGUCCUUUGCAGCCUGCACACCUGCCGAAUUCUUCCGCUUUUUCCGCGAACAGUUCACGUCGCCUCUUGCGAUCCUCGUGACGUCGAUUGCAGCUGACAGUGACGAAGAGAAUCAGCCGUUAAGCAAGAAGCAGAAACCGGAUGCUGUAGGCUUCAAUGCACUCCUUGAACUUGAGGAGAAGAAGGAGCGUAAAGACACAAUGAAGCGACGCACAGAUCGUGCGCGAGUAUGGACGCUGGAAGUCAUGGUAGCUGCGCUGUCCGAUAUACUCAGCGCAAAGACUGCACCGGACGUUGCAAUGUCAAAGCUGCAAGACGAUGUGCUCCGCUUCCUAGUGUUCCAUUCGUUCUUCACGGCGUCAAGCGACGCAGAGGCUACGUCUGUCAAGAAGCGCAAGAAGAGCAAACCGUCCAAGAAGACCAAGCCAACAGAGAUGGAACGGAUAGCACAAGAGGCAGCGGCAGCAAAUCCGUCAGUGUCGGCGAACGUGGCCAGUUAUGCGAAGACGCGUUUGUUUUCGAUGCUGAGUCUGGGCCUCGCAGGAGCCGAUGGUGUGCGUGCGCAUGCGAGUGUGCUGAGUCGCGUUUUCGCAAUUGCCAAUAGCAUGAAAAACGAUAGCACUGUUGGGACUCUACGAGGUCCUUUCGAUGAAGAAGAUGCUGCACAGUUUCGUAUGCUAGCUGGCCAUGUCGAGAGUAUAUGGAGCAAGGAAGAGGACGAAGAGAAGAAAUCACGGACGUCACAGAAGGUAGCGGCGCGCAGACCGUUGAGCGAGGCGUUCCUUUUGCUAUUCAUGAGUGCCGGGCUGCAGUUCCUGGACGGCGAGCAGCGCGAAGAUGCCGUUGUGGUGGUUGCGGACCUGGAAAAGUGCUAUGCUCAGCUGGCUGUACAAGAGCAGAAGGGCUCUACCACACCAAAGAAGAAGAAGAACAAGACGAAGGAGCAGAGCGAGUCUGAGCUGACAGGAGAGGAGUCGAUUGUGGUGCUCACGGAUUUGUUGCUGAGUCUGCUGUCACAAGACUCGAGCGCGCUGCGUGAGAUCGUGUCGCAGGUGUUCCGAUCGCUGCUGCCGCUACUCGACGGCGCUUGUUUGACCACAAUGGCGAACGUUCUUGAACCAUCGGGUGAAGCUGAAGAUGCUGAUGUUGACGAGGAGAAGGAGGAGGGCAAAGGGUUUGCUUCGAAUCCGCUUGGCGACGACGAAGAGAAAGAAGACGACGAAGAAGAGGAAAUUGGGCUGUAUUCGGCCGACGCGCUGUCGGAUGCGUUCCGCAACGACGAGAAGCUCGCGUCGCUGUACCAUGAAGACCUGGCGAUCGCUGCGAUCGUGGGGCAGGUCAAGGUUCGGUCUCAGCGCAAGAAGGAACUUAAGCGGGCCCGCUUGCAGACGAUGCAUUUCCAGCUGCGUGUGCUGGACCUGCUGCAAGUGUUUGUGUCACAGCGUCCCGAGCAAUGCGAUGCAACAGCUGCGCAGCACAGUGCAUUAGUGCUGUCGUUGGUGGCUCCGCUGUUCCGGGUCUUGAUUCGCGUGCAAAGCGCUGCCAGCGAGAAAGUGGUGCUUCGGGAUCGCGUGCAAGCGGUGCUUCUCCACAAAGUCCUUCGCUUCCCCAAAGACAAGAAGAUCCCGUCCGGCGAAGCUGUUCAGUCUGAAGCACUGGACGCGCUGCGUCAGAUUGUUGAGUUGAUUCGCACCUCGCCCGUGGACAAGAGCCAUUCUGGCAAGGUCGCAUCUACCGCUGUGGUGCACCUCGUGCGCGUGCUUUGCGCUCGUGAAACUUCGAGCGAGGAGGGAGUGCAGGCGAUCAUGCGCGAGUGCGUGUUCGAUGCCUUUACGAAGAAGCACUCGCGGUUUCCACGUGCGUCUUUUGACGAGCUGUUGCUCAAGUCGCCUGCGGCUGGUGCGCGUGUGCUGCUGGAGCCUCUUGCUGCUGUUGCUGCAGCUUCGGAGAAGAGCAAAGACGUUGUGGACGGGUCUGAUGUGCAAGCAGCAGUGGACGAGUUUUCCAAGUGCGAAGUGCUCCGACUGCUGACAGUGCUGCUGCGAGGGAGCAGUAAGCUGCAGCAGACUGGGGAGCUGUCUGCUGCCCAGCAAAGUGCUUUCCAGCGCGUGCAGAAAGCUCUCACGACGGCAGUGCUGAGGCAUUUGGCCCCAGAGAGUGUCCAGCAGCUGAAGGCCAAGCGGAUGAAGGUCGUGAUGACGUUUGCCCUGCAGCUUGUGAAGUUUUGGCACACGUCGGUGGUGGAUUCAAAGACGAUGGAGGCAGGCGUUCGUGCAGUAGUAUCAGCUGUACAGGCUGUGGAUUCCCAGUCUCCGGUCGUGAAGGGAAUGGUGAAGCGGGUAUCCGAAGCCGCUGGUAUUUCGUUCGUGGCGACCGGUAGUGGCAGCAAUGGGCACCAAAAGGCAUUGACCAAAGGGGAAGAUGAAGAGGAAGUUGACGUACCUGACAAAGUCGAUGAGGUGGUGGAAGCUGCCGUGACGAUCGAACCUGCAGCGAGCACAUCCAAGAGCUUGAAGGACAAGCCCAAGUUGAAGCACAAGGCGAAAAAGACCAAGCGCAAGCGCUCGUUCGCCGACAAGUAA